CAUGCCCCCGACGUCAUCUCUCUUUUGUAUUCCGUGUCAACAUGGCGGCAUCCAUGGCAUCCCAGGCUGCAGCAAGAGGACUGAGGACAGCAACCUCGAAGCACGCACUUUUGGACAAACUCAAGUGCACCUGGUUGAGUCCCAGGAGAUGGCUGAAUCUGCAAGAAUACCAGAGCAAGAAGCUGAUGCAAGAGAGUGGCGUGGCAGUCCAGCGUUUCUAUGUGGCCGACACAGCUUCCGAGGCCCUGGAGGCUGCAAAGAGACUCAAUGCCAAGGAGAUCGUGCUGAAAGCUCAGAUUCUGGCUGGUGGCAGAGGCAAGGGUGUGUUUGACAGUGGCCUGAAAGGUGGAGUGCACUUAACUAAAGACCCUGCGGUGGUUGGUGAGCUGGCCAAUAAGAUGCUGGGUUUCAACCUGACUACCAAACAGACACCGAAAGAUGGAGUGAAAGUGAAAACGGUGAUGGUUGCUGAGGCCCUGGACAUUACCAGGGAGACCUACUUUGCAAUCUUGAUGGACCGCUCCUGCAAUGGUCCCGUCAUGGUAGGAAGCCCCCAGGGAGGCAUGGAUAUCGAGGAGGUAGCCGCCAGCACCCCAGAACUCAUCUUUAAGGAAGCGAUAGAUAUAUUUGAAGGCGUGCGAGACGACCAGGCACUUUGCAUGGCAGCUAAUUUAGGUUUCAAAGGACCUCUGCAGAGACAGGCAGCAGAUCAGAUUAAGAGGCUCUAUGAUCUGUUCCUGAAAGUCGACGCCACUCAAGUCGAAGUCAAUCCUCUCGGAGAGACUCCCGAAGGACAAGUGGUUUGCUUUGAUGCCAAGAUCAACUUUGACGACAAUGCUGAGUUCCGCCAGAAAGCCGUGUUUGCCAUGGACGACAUGACUGAGAGCGACCCCACAGAGAUGGAAGCAGCCAAGUGGGACCUCAAAUAUAUCGGACUAGAUGGAAACAUUGCCUGCUUUGUGAAUGGAGCUGGUUUGGCCAUGGCUACAUGUGACAUCAUUGACCUGCACGGAGGAAAGCCAGCCAACUUCCUGGACCUGGGGGGAGGUGUCAAAGAGAGGCAGGUGUAUGAGGCCUUUAAGCUGCUCACUGCUGACCCUAAGGUUGAAGCCAUCCUGGUCAACAUCUUUGGUGGGAUCGUCAACUGUGCCAUCAUCGCCAACGGCAUCACCAAGGCCUGUCGAGAGCUGGAGCUGAAGGUGCCGCUGGUGGUCAGGCUUGAAGGGACCAACGUCAACGAGGCCAAGAGGAUUCUGACGGAGAGCGGCCUGCCCAUCACAGCAGCAGAAAACCUGGAUGACGCUGCCAGGAAAGCAGUGGCUGCCAUCAAGAAAUAGAAAACUCUCAAUGUAACUCUGUCCCCCCCAACACCAACAUUCAUCCUCAGAUCAGCACCGUCAGCCUUUUCAUACACAUGCAGACCUCCAGGACUUUGAGCCUUGGCUCUCAUAGGACUUUACCUUUGUUAUUUUAACACUAGCUUCCAAAUAUUUGGAGCUUUUAUUUGCUCAGUAUCUGUUCUUCUCCCGGCUCUGCAAAUUAACUUCCAUCAUUUUUUUUUCUGAAUCAAAAGCAUAUUAAUUGGAAUAAAUCACUCGCAGGCUUGUUGAAGUCAACACAAUCUUGUCAAAUCUCCUGUGAAAUUGGAUGGAGACCCAACACUUUGUGCAUUCCAUUAUAUUAUGGCAUUUGAAUGAAAUAUUGGAAAUAUAUGAGAAGUUCUCCCAUUAGCACCUCUAAACUCAGCUUUAGGUACUCUAAAGUCAGACUCUUUCUGAAAAAACAGCCAGUUCAUGAGUUGUGAAAUCAUUUAAUGGCACUUCAUGGACUUUGAAUCAAUCAGCCUGUUUUUUUAGCCACUUCAUGAAUCCAUCCAAUGCCUUGUCUAUCUCUCAAUGAGGUGGAUGAAGUGCCCAUGCUGUGAAUUUUGUACACCGUGUCUUAUUUGUUAGGUGCUCUAUGGGAAACAGUGUUAUCUGUGCCUAGAUGAUGAAAGUUUUGUAAUCUAUCCUAGCAGUAGUUUCAUACAGAGAGAUGUCGAGAGAACUAAAUCAAAUAUACAAUUGUACUUAGAUUUUUUUAUAAUUAUGAAUGUAUAUUGACACGAUAUCUUGAAUACAGUGUGAAAACUGUGUAUAUAAUUUGAGAGAUUAAAAACAAAUAUUUCAAGA